CUCCUUUCUUCCUUCCUUACUCCUUUCCUAAACAGAUCCCAUCGGGUCAUCCAUCCUUCGCCCAUUCCUUUUCAUCAUGAGCAACAAGAUUCCCGAAUAUGAAGCCUUCCUGGCCCAAGAGGCACAGGAUGUGUGGCCUCCACGCCCAGAGAUCCUUUCAGCACUCCGUACCCUGCUGGUCGACCCUUCCGCGCCCGCUGCAGACGUCGCCAGAGCAUGCGUGUCUCGUGCUAUUGCUGAAGCAAACCCGAGCCCUGAGUACGGCGACCUGUGGUCGCCCUUCAUCGGCGCCGUUGAGCGUUUCCCCGAGCACUGCGACCGAUUUGUGGAGUUUCUCAUCGCCCUGCAUGAGCUCCCCGACUGCGAUGGAGAGUUCAAAUGGCUGGAGGGGUUCUACAUGCAUCUGUGCGAGUUCACUUACGACUAUGUGGAUCACUGCUUCAACACGACCACCCGCGAGACCGAGCGACAACGCUUCCUAAACGCGAAUGUCUUCACCAUCAAAUUCUACCAGCGUCUGCCCCGCCCCAACCGCUUCGGGUUUCUGAUCAAUCACGGCGCGUGGGUGCUACGCAGAACCUUGGAGCACGCCCCCUUUGAGAAAUUCCAUCAUCCGCACAUCGAGAACAUCAUCCAAGAUUGUGACGAGGACGAGGAGGACUUCUACAACAUGAAGCGCGACGAGGCACUCGAGAUUAUCGACGUCAGGGCGCUGAAUGGAUUCGUGCCGGCGGCAGCCGUGUGGCUUGAGUACUGUGGGAAGGAGAUCUAUGAGAAGCAGGGGUCCCUGGGACGGGAGAUCCGGGCGUAUGAUAAGUGGCAGGGGUCGGAGGGCUGGUCGAAGGAGCGCUGGGCAUUCUGGAAGGAGAGGUUUAUCUGGAUAUCUACGGUUACGGCCUUGGAUCGGAAGACGAGACGCAUUGCAAAGGAUGUGGUCGUACUGAUGGGCAGGAUUGAGCAGGGAGACGAUGGAAAGCUGUGAAGAUGGAAUCUGCAGAUUGAUGCGGGUUUCUGCAUGUCUGACGAGAGCGACUCAAGAUAGACGUUCCUGCUAUGCGAAAGCAUUAUCGGUC